UAAAUCAAGAUUAAACAUUUAGUUAUUUAUGUAUUCACUUUUAUAAUAUUUUACAAAAAAUUAUUAAAAUGCCUCUAAUUAAAAAACCAAUGCGCUAUGCCCAUCCAGAAGGUCAUACCGAUGUUUGUUAUUUUACUGGUGAAAAAGGUGGAUUCGUUACUUGCGGUACUGAUGGAGAUGUACGAACUUGGAUCAAUUUAAUGGAUGAUGAUCCGGCAGCCAGUUGUAUUUCUGAGCAAGCUACAGUUGUGAUUUCAAAAAAAAAUAAAUUAUACGUUGGAAAUGAUAAUAACUCAGUGCAAAUACUUAGUCACCCGGAUUUGGAAAAAGAAGGAAUUGUUACGAGAUUUGCAGCUACCGUAUCAGCAUUAUCGACUACAAAAAAUAGUAAAUUAAUAGUUUCUGGUUCCUGUGAUAUGCGAAUUCAAGUUACAAAUAUUAAUACCUCGGAAAGUUUUGAAUUAAAUGGUCAUGAAGCUCCAAUAUUAGGUUUAUCACUCGAUCCAAAAGAAGAAUUUAUCGCGUCGUCAAGUGGCGAUGGUACUAUUAAAAUAUGGAGUAUUAAGGAUAAAAAACUAGUUCAUACCUUGAACAAUGUUGUUCCAAAAUCGAAUUCCUUCUUUACAGCCAAAGUUUAUGCCAUACCAUCAUUUCACAGUAAAAGCGGAAAGUAUCUUGCGUAUCCACAUGGCAAAGAAAUCGUUAUUGUUGAAAGACUCGUCUGGAAGGAGAUGUUUAAACUGAGAGCCACUGAAAUAAAAAAUGAUCUAAGCAUUUGUAAGUUUUCAGCAUGUGGGAAUUUAAUUGCUGCAAGUUCCAUAUAUGGAGAAAUAGCAGUGUGGGAAAUUGAAAGUAAAAUAUUAGUUGGUUACGUUGAUCAUCAACAAAAUGCUAAAAUAACAUCCCUUGUUUGGAAUCCAAAUGAAUCAAAUGAAAUAGCUUUUUGCGAUGCCCUUGGUCAAUUAAGUUGUAUCGAAGUUCAAGUGACAAAGGAUAAAUCUCUUGAAGAUUUAUUAGCGGAGCCUGUUACAAAUGGAUAUGUGCCUGAUAAUGAUCUUAUGUUAAAUAUCAAUAAUGAUAGUGAUGAUGACAAUGACAUAUCGUUAAACAAAAUUAAAGCCUCAAUUCUCAAAGACGAUGAACAGAGUUUAUCCGAUGUAUCGGAGAAAACGUAUGAAGAAAAGCAAGUUUUGCCUAAAAUAAAUUUACAAGAACCAUUUCAACCUGGUUCUUCUCCGACUCAUCUUUUAUCUCGCUAUAUGGUGUGGAAUGAUGUAGGUAUAAUCAUGUGUUUUACUUCAGAAGAUGGUAACGACAGCAAUAUAGAAGUUAAUUUUCACGAUGUUAUGGUACAUCACUCGAUGCACAUUAAUAACUAUUUACACCAUACAAUGGCAGCAUUAUCUGCAGAAGCUUUAAUACUUGCGACACCUGCUUGUGACGAUGAUUCAAGCAAGAUCGUCGUAAUAGUACUUCAAGGAUGGGGCUCUGGAAAUAAAGAAUGGAAUAUGGAUCUUCCCGAUGGAGAAGAAGCACAUGCAGUUGCAGCUGGAAAGAAUUUUGUUGCUGUAGCAACAAGUGCAAGAACUUUAAGAAUAUUUAUGGUUGGUGGUACUCAAAGAGAAGUUAUAGCUUUGCCUGGACCAGUAGUAGCCAUGAACGGCUAUGGGAAUAAUCUUGCCGUAGUAUACCAUUCUAGUAUAGGAGCUUUCGGUGAUCAAAAUUUAAGUUUGCUUUGGAUUCGCUUGUGUGGUCCAAAUUUAAAAAGUAAUACUUUACAAGUCCCGCUUUCACCAGCAUCGAAUUUAAUGUGGGUAGGAUUUUCUGAUCUUGUCUCUCCAGUAGUGGUGGAUGCAGAAGGAAUUAUUAAUAUAUUUGAUAAAAAAGCGUCAUUGUGGAGAGUUGCAUGCAAUACAAAUAGACAGAAUAAAGGUAAAUUCGAUAAUUAUUUCAUCGUCGGAAUAAGCGAAUUAAACAGAAAUGUGCGUUGUAUAUUAUGUAAAGGAAGCCAUUAUCCUCUAACGACACCACGUCCAAUUGUUGCGGAAAUACCUUUAAUUAUACCAUUAUGCGAUCCUAAUAGUGAGAAAUCGGAAAAAGAAGCUAAAGUGUGGCAAUUUGGUAGUAAUCCAAUUGAUGAAAAGGAAGCUGUGUUGGCACUCAUAGCUGCCGCUUGUCGCAACAAUGUAGAAUUUCGUGCGAUAGAGUUAUGUGAUCAAAUUGCUUCUCAGAAGGUUAUAGAAUUAGCAAUAAAAUACGCUGGGCGUAUAAAUAGAGUUGCUCUAGCUAAUAAAUUAGAAUCUAUAGCAGAUACCAAAGAGCCCGAUGAAGUUGUUCAAGCUACUGAGACACAAGAGGAUUUAUUUAACGAUCGUAUCGAUAAUCUUGAAGAUGAAGAUCCUCUUAUAGCACCAGUAUCUCAAGCGUCCCAUGUAGAAGUUAAGCCCUUAACUCCUAGUCAGACGUUUGGACGAAGAAGUAAUCCAUUCCUAAAAAAAGGAAAUACACCCACAUCGAAAGGUCUUUCUGGAUUAGAUAAAGUCGAAGAACAACCAAAACCAGUAGUUCCUGCGCUCGUUCAUUUGCCUAAGUCUAAAAAACCCAAGGUUCCACAAAAGGAAUCGUUCGUCAGUUGGUUUCAAAAAAAUAAGCAAAAAUUGGAUGAAGAAUUUUCCGAUGUAGAUGCUAAUCAACUUAUGAAAACGGCUUACUCCAGAUUUAAAGAAACUAUUAAUGCUACAACAAAUAAUAAACCCGAAGACGAAGAAGUGAAUAAGAAAAGAAAACUAUGCGUUGAAGAAGAAAACGAUAGUGACAAUAACCAGCCGAAGCGUUCAGCAUCUAGUAAAUUAGCAGCAUUUGCUCGCGAUAGUUAAAUAAAUAUGGCGCACAAUUUAUAUUUUUAAUUUUUUCCUUCUACUGACAUUGCGCCUUAUUCUUACAACAAUAAUGAUGUAAAUAAAGAUUUGAGAGCCUAUUUAUAAUA